GGGUGGGCGGUGGAGCAGAACUGCUGCGCUGGGGUAGUGGGCACCGAGGUCCGAGUAGAAGGCCCGGGAGGUGUCGCCACCGCUCCGGGAAGGGCAGGAAGUGAAACUAUGUAGCCUUUUAAAUAUCUUACCGUACUCACUCUUCCGGUGAUGAUGUGAGAUGAUAAAAUGCCUGUGGGAUGAAACGAAGUGAGGGGAACGAUUCGGGUAUUAUGAUACUGUGUUAGCUACUGCUGACUUUGUGACCGACCGUAUGUCAGAAGGAGGAUCUUCUGUUUCUGGACCCCAGUUGACCAUGGGGAACCAAAACUGGAAGGUGAAAGAGGCUGUCUCUGCCCUCCCUGAAGUCCAUAUGGCUCUGUAUGAUGAAGAUCUCCUGAAAAACCCUUUCUACCUGGCUCUUCAGAAGUGGCGUCCUGACCUAUGCAACAAGGUGGCCCAGAUCCAUGGCAUUGUCCUGGUGCCCUGCAAGGGCAGCCUGUCAAGCAGCGUCCAGUCUACGUGUCAGUUUGAGUCCUAUGUUUUGAUACCCGUGGAAGAACACUUUCAGACCGUGAAUGGAAAGGAUGUCUUUAUACAAGGAAACAGGAUCAAAUUAGGAGCCGGUUUCGCCUGUCUUCUCUCGGUGCCCAUUCUCUUUGAAGAAACUUUCUACAAUGAAAAAGAAGAAAGUUUCAGCAUCCUGUGUAUAGCCCACCCUUUGGAAAAGAGAGAGAGUUCAGAGCCUUCAACAUCUUCAGAUCCCUUUUCCCUGAAAACCAUCGAAGAUGUGAGAGAGUUUUUGGGAAGACACACGGAGAGAUUCGAUAGGAGCAUUGCCUCUUUCCAGCGAGCGUUCCGGGAGUGUGAAAGAAAGAGCCUGCGUCAUCACAUAGACUCGGUGAACGCUCUCUACACCAAAUGCCUGCAGCAGCUCCUGCGGGACUCUCACCUGAAAAUGCUUGCCAAGCAGGAGGCCCAGAUGAACCUGCUGAAGCAGGCCGUGGAGAUGUACGUCCAGCACGAUAUUUAUGAUCUGAUCUUUAAAUACGUGGGGACCAUGGAGGCAAGCGAGGACGCUGCCUUUAACAAGAUCACAAGGAGCCUUCAGGAUCUUCAGCAGAAGGAUAUUGGUGUGAAGCCCGAGUGCAGCUUCAACAUCCCUCGUGCCAAGAGGGAGCUGGCUCAGCUGAACAGGUGCACCUCGCCGCAGCAGAAGUUGGUGUGUGUGCGAAAGGUGGUGCGGCUGAUCACGCAGUCUCCCAGCCAGAGAGUUAACUUGGAGACCAUGUGUGCUGACGAUCUGCUGUCGGUCCUGCUGUAUUUGCUUGUGAAGACAGAGAUCCCUAAUUGGAUGGCAAAUUUGAGUUAUAUCAAGAACUUCAGAUUUGGCAGCUCCGCCAAAGACGAACUGGGGUACUGCCUGACCUCCAUCGAGGCCGCGAUCGAGUACAUCCGGCGAGGAGGCCUCUCCGUUAAGCCGCCCGAGUCUGAAGGAUUUGGUGACAGACUGUUCCUGAAGCAGAGAAUGAGCUUACUGUCUCAGAUGACUGCUACUCCCAUUGACUGUCUGUUUAAGCACAUUGCCUCAGGUGACCAGAAAGAAGUGGAAAGACUUCUGAGCCAAGGUGACCAAGAUAAAGAUGCCGUCCAAAGGAUGUGUCACCCUCUGUGCUUCUGCGAUGACUGUGAGAAGCUGGUCUCCGGGAGGCUGAACGAUCCCUCCAUUGUCACUCCAUUUUCCAGAGACGACAGGGGUCAUACCCCACUCCACGUGGCUGCCCUCUGUGGGCAGGCAUCCCUCAUUGACCUCCUGGUUUCCAAAGGCGCGGUGGUAAACGCCACGGACUAUCACGGGUCGGCCCCGCUGCAUCUUGCGUGCCAGAAGGGCUAUCAGAGCGUGACGGUGCUGCUGCUGCUGCACUACAAGGCCAGCGCCGAGGUGCAAGACAACAACGGCAACACGCCGCUCCACCUGGCCUGCACCUACGGCCACGAAGACUGUGUGAAGGCUCUGGUCUACUAUGAUGUGCAGUCGUGCAGGCUGGAUAUUGGUAACGAGAAAGGAGACACCCCGUUACACAUAGCUGCACGUUGGGGCUACCAAGGCAUCAUCGAGACACUGCUGCAAAAUGGAGCAUCCACAGAGAUCCAGAACAGACUGAAGGAGACGCCCCUCAAGUGUGCGCUGAACUCAAAGAUCCUGUCGAUAAUGGAAGCCCGCCAUCUGUCCUUGGAGAGGAGGAGGAAGUCUUCCGAGGUCCCAGUGCAGCCCGCUCAGCGCCCCGUGGAUCCCAUCAGCCAGGCCCCCUCCACCUCCAGCUUCUCCUCCGUGCUGGCACGCUGCAGAUGGGAGGUGCCCGAGCAGGACUACAGGGAGGUAGACAAACUUUUAAGAGCAGUUGCUGAUGGAGAUCUAGAAAUGGUGCGUUACCUUUUGGAGUGGACAGACGAGGACCUGGACGAGCUGGAGGACACCCUCAGUGCCGGAGAUGUUGACUUUUGUCACCCAUUGUGCCAGUGCCUGAAGUGUGCUCCGGCUCAAAAGAAGCUGGCGAAGAUCCCCGCCAGUGGGCUCGGCGUGAAUGUGACCAACCGGGACGGCUUCUCCCCACUGCACGUUGCUGCCCUGCACGGCCGGGCAGACCUCAUCCCCCUCCUGUUGAAGCAUGGUGCCUAUGUAGGUGCCCGAAAUGCAACCCAAGCCGUCCCGCUCCACCUGGCCUGCCAGAAGGGCCACUUUCAGGUGGUGAAGCAUCUCUUGGAUUCUAAUGCAAAACCCAAUAAGAAGGACACAAGCGGAAACACGCCCCUCAUCUACGCCUGUUCCAACGGCCACCACGAAGUCGCCGCGCUGCUGCUGCAGCACGGGGCCUCCAUCAACGCCUGUAACAACAAGGGCAACACGGCGCUGCACGAGGCCGUGAUGGAGAAGCGCGUCUUCGUGGUGGAGCUGCUCCUCCUCCACGGCGCCUUGGUGCACGUCUUGAACAAGAGGCAGUGCACAGCCAUCGACUGCGCCGAGCAGAAUUCAAAAAUAAUGGAAUUACUUCAGGUAGUACCAAGCUGUGUGGCCACGUCGGGCGAUGCUGGCGAAACAGACCACAAGGACUACGUUACUGUUAAGAUCCGGAAAAAAUGGAACUCAAAAGUGUAUGAUCUACCAGAUGAACCUUUUACAAGACAGUUUUACUUUGUCCACGCUGGUGGUCAGUUAAAGGGAACGGCUUCAGGGGAGAUUAUGGCAAGAGACAGAAGUGUCCCUAAUUUUACUCAAGACUGUUUGCAUGAGGGAGGCUGGGAGUCGCAGGGGACCAGAAGGAGCCGCCCGAGGCCGCUGGACCGAAGCAGAGCGUUCCUGCGAGCAGGCAGGUGCUGCGCAGACACACCGUGGAGGACACGGUCGCGGCCCGGGGCCCCGGGGCCGCCGGAGACCCAGCUACUCCCUGCGAGGCCGGUGUUGCUCCCCAGUCUUAACAGCGGUAAGCGGUUGUUACGUUGGCUGCCAGGAGGGGAGUCCUCAACAAGGUGCCGCGGGGACGCAGCUGAGAACUGAAAUGUACGUUGCGUUGGGUUUGAGAGAGAAGCAGGAAGUUCCUGGACGCUUUCCGUGGCCCAGGGAAAGAAGGCAACAAGGAAAACCCUCACCCGGUCUCUCCUCUUCGAAGCUCAUGCGUGCACUGGGAAAGGAAUGGCCCCGGUGUUCAGUGGCGUCCGAUCCUGGAGGCCCGGCGGGGGCUGCUUCUGAAGGCGGGUUCCGACCGCCCACCGCAGGGUGCUCAGCUCUGCCGGGCGUCCCACGGGGCUGGCAUCCCACGGGGCUGAAGAACCCGGCCUCUGGCAUAGGUGAUGGCGGGCGCCGUGGCCACGGGACACGCCCACCUGGAGAAAAGAGGGCCCCGAAAAUGUUCCUUGGCAAAGCAGCACUCGAGCCCAAAGAUGCCCCCAGGCCGGUGAGAUGUUCAUGUUAGUGAGGAGGACAUUUACGACCUGUUCUACACUCUGGAUGUGGGGAAGGUGGGAGGCAACUUUUCUUCUGACAAAGUACAGAUAUUUGAUCACUGCGCGUACGCACCCUAUCAGUGGCUCUCGAAACCUCCCUUUCCGUUAAAACCCUCCCUUGGAUGUCACACCUGACGGAGGGCUACUGCGCUAGAGAGAUUUGGCACAUCUUUUCUUAGUCUUUUGAUUCAGAUUCAAAAUUUACAGCACAAACCAGGUCAGAGUUACUUUCAGUUAGAAUUUAUUGCCAUUUAUUCCUUUUUAUAAAUUUCUAUAGAUUACACUCUUAUUUUUUUAUGUUACUAAUUGGCAUACGGCCGCAAACAUGGGUUUGUCUGCGUACAUUUUCAAAUAACUUUGUACUAGGGACAUGAUUUUGUGCAUGUUCUUGGAAGUACUUGUGUAUGUAUAGAAGGGAGGGACCGAUUAUUUUUCUACAAAGUAAUUUAUGAUUUCUAAUUUUCUAAUGUGCCUUGGAUAUGUGCCAAACGAUGGGAAAGAAACAGUAAACUCUAUGAUUCUUGA